UAUCCAUUUCAUUUCUUACACUUACAAGAUGGGUGACCUUCAUUCUAUUACUUACUUUAGCAAUCAUCCAAAUAACCAUGAGUCUUCCAUGUGUUGGGACUUCCACAAUUUUCAACUUCUCAACACUCAUGACAUCUCUCAUUGUAUGGAGACUAACAUCACUCCACAAUUCUAUGAUCAAUCAAUGUUGGAUUCCGAUCUCUCAUCGGGUUAUUUAGAGGAUGCUUUAUUCGAAUUUAGAUCCAAACGACGACGUUUAACAAGGACUUAUGAUGACCUUUUUCAACCCAACAACCAGAAUUCAACACCUUCCUCAAUUCCAAGCUAUUGGGAUUUCAAUGCUACACAUGAUCAAAUUGAGAAUUUUGGUGGGCUUAAUGUAAGUGGUGAUGACAAUUCAACUUCAUCUUCACAAAGCAAGAGUAGUUCUAUCAACAACAACAAUUUCUUUGAAAAAGAAAAUAUCAAUUCAUCAGACCAAGUCACUAGCUGUGGAAUAGAUGAGAGAAAAAAGAAGGUGAUAACAAGAGUGGUGUAUCCAUUUGCAUUGGUGAAGCCCGGAGGAUUCAAAGGAGACAUGACCCUAAAUGACAUCAAUGAGAGGAUCUUAAUGCCCCCGACUAGACCCGUGAGGCACCCGGUCGGAGACUUUGCUUGUCGACGAUUGGUUUCACUAGACGGACCAGGGCUAUCCGGGAAGGCAGUGGUGGCUCUCACUCGAAUUCAAACUCAUGGGAGGGGCACAAUCACCAUUAUCAGGACAAAAAACUGAGAAUAAUCUAUAUAUACAUAUGUUAUAUUAUGAGCUGAGGAUAGAUGUUUGUAUCUUGUACAAAGUAUAAAGUCAAGCGUUUAUCGCUAGAAAUAGUAAUUAUUAAUAUAUAUAUAUAUAUAUAAGGUAUCAAAUCGAUCAUAUGUCAA